UUUUUCAUUCAGGUCCACGUCUCAUACUGUAGAAGGUUAUAAAAUAUGUACUCUUAAAACAUUUAAAACAGCAGGUAUUGUAAAUAAGGACACAGCUAUGAAUGGAAAACACACUGCUGGUUUGGGUGGUAGUGUUGCCCUGGGAACUAUUCAUCCAUUUGGACCUCACAACAGCAGUAGAAAUUCAUUUUUGAAAAUGGUUGCCAAGGAAAUGGAUUUUCUUAUGGCAGAGCCCAAGGCAAGGAGGAUCAUUGCCUAUGCAGCAGUUAAUAUUGUUUGUGUUUUCAUUUUACUUCUUUGGUGUCACUCAACAAACAGCAUGGCACUGACAGCUUACUCAUAUUUGGCAAUAUUUGAUUUGCUGAGGUUGCUGACUGCACUGAUAACCCUUUGGGUUCAGAAACAGGGUCCAUCUUCUGUUUUUUCCUUUGGAUAUGAGCGUUUUGAGGUGUUAGCUGUGUUCUCAAGUACAAUGUUGGCACAACUAGGGUCCUUCUUUAUCAUUAAAGAAAGUGUAGAAAGAAUGAUACAGCAACCAGAUGUUCAUGAAGGCAGGCUAUUACUAGGAGCCUUGGUAGCUUUCUUGGUUCACAUCUUCAUGACAUACAGUGUUGAAAACAAGGCAUUCAACCAUGUUGUGGAGGCCUCCAGUUCUAGUUGGCUUCAGGAACAUGUAGCUGACAUCAGUGAAGGAUUCUGUAAGGUGGUCCCUGGACUAAGCAGGCUGUUGCUACCUAGAAUCAACCCCUUCGCUCUGAUAGCAUUUGCUGGGGCCACAGCUCUCUUUGUCACCUAUGUUCUCAUAGACAUGUAUAAUUACCAAGCUGCAGACACCUGGGCAGCUAUGUGUAUCUCAGUGAUGACAUUUGGCACCAUGUUUCCCAUGGCUGUUUACAGUGGGAUGAUCCUUUUACAGACCACCCCCACCUAUGUGAUUGGUCAGCUGGACAAAUGCCUGAGAGAGGCCUCCACUCUUGAUGGAGUUUUAGAGUUCAGAAAUGAACAUUUUUGGACUUUGUCAUUUGGAAAACUGGCUGGUUCUCUCCAUGUAAGGAUCAGACGUGAUGCCCAAGAGCAGUUAGUACUGGCACAUGUUUCCAGCAGGCUUUCCAACAUAGUCUCAGAUUUAACUGUUCAAGUCUUUAAAGAUGAUUGGACCAGACCCACAGCCUAUCAAAUCAUCCACAACAGUCCGUUUCAUUCAGAAUCUUCAUUAUCAACAAUAGGUGUAACACCACCUGUAAAACUUCCCCUGGGGUCAGAGACCAGUUCUAUGGUCCCCCCAGGAAUUCAGCCAUUUACACCUUAUAAAAGUGGACAGUAUUACACCAGCACACCCAUGGUGCCACAAGGCACUAGUGCUGCCAUCUAUGGUAGCAAUCCUCCCUCAGCUUUUAACAAAACUGAUUUUGCCACAGACAGUCUAACUCCUAUACAAACUCCACAGAGUGGAAACAUGGCAGGGGUUAUUCCAGGGAAAAACUCUGUGCGACUGCAGCAAGGAUACAGAACCCCAGACCCCAAGACUGGAGGGCUGAAUUCAGAGUCUGUGACUUUGUAUGCUCCAGGGACACAGAGGUGAUGCAGAAUAAAUAUGUAGUGCUGCAAAUAAUGAUGAGAUGUGUUAGUAGAUGAUAGUGGUUAGUUACCAGUAAACUCCAAGAAUUCAGGGUGUCUGGAUUUGACCUGUUACCACAGAUAUUAUAUGCUUUACACACAUUUGUAGUUAUAAAAAGUUGUGUAUGGGUAUAUGUAGUUUGGUAUACAACACUACAAGUAUUGACUGUCAUUUGUAUAUGCUAUGAGAAUUAGUCUUGUCUCAAUAAAUUUUGGGUGAGAAUUGGAGUUAAAAGAAUUAGUGCAAUGGACAGAUGCUUUUAAAAGUGAAAAGAAUUGUGCAUACAGCUUCAAAAAACUUUCAG